GACACGGGUCAUGGUUGUGGCAUGGAAGCUCUAGCACCGCAGUUUCGGGACAGUUUCCUCCAUGUGGCACGGUUUGCAUCAUCAAGCGCCACGACGCAACUUAUUGAGGCCAGUCCCAUCACAUUUCUUUGGGAUGCACAACUUUCUGCUGAAGAGGGGCUGUCGAUCGCUCCCAACGGGCUCAGCGGGAUUGCGGCAAAAGUCUUGGCAGUCCUACUAGCUUUGUGGGUUUUCAGUGUGCUGACCAUGGGCUGCGCUCAAUGUCGCAGGUCUGGAAACUGCUACGAAUCCAUCUCAGUGAGUUCGUUGUACAAAGGCAGUGUUUGGUCCCUGUGUGUGAACUAUUUGUUGCUUUUGCCACUGCACUUCAUGCGUUCAACGGAAAAUGCGUCUGGGGACGAGAAAACUCUUUAUUCCCCUGCAGAGAAGGAGCUUCUCACUUCAAAACGUCGAGUGCACGAUACUUCUGUUUUGAACUUCCUCAGUGUCCGCAGGAGUAUGAUCUACGUUUCUUUCCUUUUUCUCGUGAUAGCGCUCUUAGUCCAACUGUCUGCAUUGCCCCAAGCCUUUCAAGGCAGGCAGAUUUGGAUCGAGAAGAGCGACAUUGAGGAAAAUGGACACGUCAUAACAUAUGAGGAUUUUGUGCAGGCGUCCGGCAAAAACUGGACCACGCAUAGUCCAGAAGCAUUCUUCCAGUAUAGCAGACUUAUAUAUACUGGCAUGUUUGCAAAAAUCUUGCGUCAGACUUCCACUAUGGACCUUUUCGAAGCGUGUGCCAAUGCUUUCUGUCAGAUUUCACGGUGCAUUUGUUUGGCUUGGAGUUUGACCUGCUGGCCAAACUUCAACCAGUCAUACCGAGGAGUGUUGCGCGCCUUGUUUUUCAGUGUCCUGGCCCCGCUGCUUGCAACCUCAAUCCCUUCACGGCUCUUCAUCGACUGGAGCGUUCUGGAUCCCGUCAUCCGAGCAUACACAGGAGAGAUCUCUACUCAUUUGGCAACGCAAAAGGAUUUUUCCGUGAGACGGAUCAUGCAGUUAUGUAAACAAAUUGAUACGCAAGGUCAUGAGGAAGCGUUCGCUGAAGCCCUAGAAGCAUGUGACCUGCUGACCAGAGCACCAAAGGAACACCUCAAAUGCUGCUCUUUCGUGGACAUUGUGGACUUUGAUUUUAGGCCAAUUCAUGAAGCUUGUGAAGAUGUCCGGGAGCAUGCAAGGGACCCACACAGUUCAAAGCUGUAUAAUGUCACUCUACGAGCAGCUCGCAUGUGCCACGACAAUAUCUAUCCCAACUUCAAGAAUGGAAUGGAGUUUGGCUUUCAAAACUCUCUGGAAAUUUUUGCAACUGCUGCACCCAUGGCCCAGCACAUGGCGCAGAGUGUUUCUAUUGCUAUGGGAUUUGUGCAGGGGCUCCGUGGAUUUAACGCCAUCGUGCCGGCAGCGAUUGCCUUGUCUCCAGCAUUGCUACGAGCUGCCUUGAAGGUGAAGAAUAUUGUGCCGCAAAGUACUAUCCCAGGCAUGUUCGUGGUAGCCUUGCCUUUGCUAUAUUGCCCAAUGGCUUGGGGUCUGUACACCAUUGCCUUUCAACUGCUGGGUGAUUUCUGGAUGCUUAUGGGUCUCUUGGUGCUGGCCUUCUCACCAAUGCUUUAUCUGGCCCUGGGGGCCUACUUCUCCAUCACAAGACCAUUGACAGACAAGGCGAUCACCAGGGUCAUGAUCAGUAUCAACAUCGCUUCGCAGGUCGUGGCCGUCGUUGGCUAUGUGUUUAUUUUCACCUUCGCCUGGAAGAAGUACCAACUCACCAUGAUGGAAGGCGAACCAGGUGACAAGAACACCAUUGAGAGGGAUGCUUACAGAUUUGUGAUCCAGCAAGUGAAGGUGCUUCAGGGAACCUUUUGGCUCGAGCUGGCUGGCGUUUGCAUGGCAAAUUACUUCUUCACUACGCUUGCAGGGGUCGACUGGAUGAUGCUGGAGAUUGGAAAGCAGCGACACUACGAGAUACUCAUGAAAACGGCACAGGACAUUCACAAGUUGGAAGGUGCCAAAGAUGUUUGCUAUCCACCUGGCCUCGAAAGUGAGUUUGAGCGGCAGGAAGCUCUGAAGGCAGCAGAAGAGCGUGGACAUCGCUUGGACUCAGUCUUCUCCGUUGUAUAUGACCAUGUGCCCAUGAACAUGAAAGAAAUUCUUCGAGGGCGGAAUACCCGACUGGUGUGUGACAUAGAAAUGGCAGAGAUCCAGAAAUUGGCAACCUCAGCAUCACAAAGCCAAGAAGGCUCCACUCUGGAAGAUCGAUAAAGAUUAGAUGUUCCAAAGGCUGAACUCUUGGAAUCAAAAUUAA